GAGCACCGGGGGGCUGGGCUCGGCGGCGCCGCGGGGAGCAGGCGGCCCUUGGCCCAGCUCCACUCUGGGGAGAGAAACGCCAGUUUCGGUGAACGUUCACCUCGACCGAGGCCCGUCCCACAGCAGCCACGGCCUGGCCAGUGAGGACAGAAGCCACUUAAUGGCACCAAGAAGAUCGCGCCGGGCCCGCCGCCGCCCCGGGAGCCAGCGCCAUGGCAGUGUAGGCAGGCGGCGGGAGAUGGAUCGGUUCAGCGAGUGCGGGACGCAGACGGAGGCGGUGGUGGUGCUGUCCCUGGCUCAGGCCGCCGUCCUGGGCCUGGUGUCUGAGAAUGAGCUGCUCGGGGCCACCGUCAGCCCCGCCGGCUUCUUCCCGGGGCUGGAUGGGGACCUGCCAGACACAGCAGUGCCCGAGCCUGGGGAGCCGGAGGGCGAGGGGCCAGAGGAGGAGGCCUCGGAGGCAGAGUCCUCCCUGGAGAAGCACGCCCGGAGGAGGAAGCGGCCUCCGGUGAGGCUGAUGCCCAAGGUCAAGUGCGAGAAGGUGGAGGAGGACGAGGUGGUGUACGAGGUGACCAUCACCGGGGAGGAGGAAGAGGGUGAGCAGCAGGACAGCCCCCUGCCCUCCACCCAGGACCCCAGCCCGGAGCAGGCAGUGCAGAGCAGCUCCCUGAAGAUGAUCGACCUCAGCGCCUUCAGCAGGAAGCCCCGGCGGCUGCGGCACCUGCGCCGGCACCCGCGCCAGGAGCCGGGGGGCACCGACCUGCACCUCGGGGAGACCCCCCCGGCCGAGGGGGGCACAGCGGGGUCUCUGCGGACCCGGUGCCCCUUGGAGGCAGGUGCCCCCUCCCCCGGUGAGGCUGAGGCCCCCGUGCCAGCAUCCCCUGAGCUGGUGAAGAGCGAGCAGGGCUUGGGCUGGCAGGAGGCAGGGGAGCUGGAGGCGGCAGGUGCCACCAGCGAGCGCAGCAAGAAGGCGCAGCUGGACAGGCUGGACAUCAACGUGCAGAUCGACGACUCGUACCUGGUGGAGGCUGGGGACCGGCAGAAGCGCUGGCAGUGCCGCAUGUGCGAGAAGUCCUACACGUCCAAGUACAACCUGGUGACCCACAUCCUGGGCCACAACGGCAUCAAGCCCCACUCCUGCCCACACUGCAACAAGCUCUUCAAGCAGCCCAGCCACCUGCAGACCCACCUGCUCACCCACCAGGGCAUGCGGCCCCACAAGUGCGAGGUGUGCAGCAAAGCCUUCACCCAGACCAGCCACCUCAAGCGGCACAUGCUGCUGCACAGCGACAUCAAGCCCUACAGCUGCCAGUUCUGUGGCCGGGGCUUCGCCUACCCCAGCGAGCUGAAGGCCCACGAGGUGAAGCACGAGAGUGGCCACUGCCACAUCUGCGUGGAGUGCGGGCUGGACUUCUCCACCCUCGCCCAGCUGAAGCGGCACCUGGCCGCGCACCAGGGCCCCACGCUCUACCAGUGCCUGGAGUGCAGCAAGUCCUUUCACUACCGCAGCCAGCUGCAGAACCACAUGCUGAAGCACCAGAACGUCCGGCCCUUCGUCUGCACUGAGUGCGGGAUGGAGUUCAGCCAGAUCCACCACCUCAAGCAGCACUCGCUCACACACAAGGGUGUGAAGGAGUUCAAGUGCGAGGUGUGCGGGCGGGAGUUCACGCUGCAGGCCAACAUGAAGCGGCACAUGCUGAUCCACACCAGCGUGCGGCCCUACCAGUGCCACAUCUGCUUCAAGACGUUUGUGCAGAAGCAGACGCUUAAGACACACAUGAUCGUGCACUCGCCGGUGAAGCCGUUCAAAUGCAAGGUCUGCGGCAAGUCCUUCAACCGCAUGUACAACCUGCUGGGCCACAUGCACCUGCACGCUGGCAGCAAGCCCUUCAAGUGUCCCUACUGCUCCAGCAAGUUCAACUUGAAGGGCAACCUGAGCCGGCACAUGAAGGUCAAGCACGGAGUGAUGGACAUCAGCCUGGACAGCCAAGAUUCUAUGAUGGAGCUGGCUGGGGCUGACCAUGCCGAGCUGGACGGGCAGCAGGAGAUGGACGACUUCGAGGAGGAGAACUCUUACGGCUAUGGGGGGGUGGACAACCCCUCGGACGAGCAUGCCCUGACCCAGCAGGCCAUGAAGGAGAUGGCAUAUUACAACAUGUUGUAGCUGAGGCUGGAGGAGGCUGCCAGGGCCCUGCCUGGCAUGGUGAGAGAAGCUGUUGCUGGCGAGCUGUGGCACCGCCCAGGAGGCUCCAGCCCAGCGCGGUGACAGAGAAAACAGGGAAGGCCAGGAAGCCCUGCUGGGGUGAAGACAGGACCGGGGCAGCAGUGGCUGCUGGCCACAGGCACACUGAGUGCUCAGCUCCUGCCACAGCCUCGACAGCCUCAGCUAAGCUCUCACCAUGGCUGGGCCCUUCCCUCCUCCCCAGGGAACACUGAGCUCUGGCAGCUCUCCUGCCCUUCACUCGGCCCCACGGCACAUGGCAGGCCGGGACCCCCAACCUCGCCCCUCCUCCAGCACCCGCAAAGCUGCAGGGGAAGGCAUGUCCCAGCCUGAUGAGCAUUACUAAUUGUUCUACCUCCUGGUGCAGCCCGGUGCCCCGGGGGGCAGAAGCCCCUCUGCCCACCGCAGGAGGGGGGUUUGCAUUUCUCACCCUUCCCCAUCUCUGUCCCACAUGCCCUGGCUGGGGCAGAGCUGCGGGGCCGCGCGAGGCCACGGGGCACACACAGAGCAGAGUAUUUUCUUACAAACUAGUGGCAAAGCUCAGAGGACACAGCAGCUCUGGGUAGGGAGCAGCUGCCGCGAGCGCAGUAUUUAAAGGAGGGCAAACCCUGUUCAACUUGAGCAAAUGAUGGUAUUUUGAAAGUAAUUUAUUUUUUUCAGACGUGCCGCGUGGUUGGAUUUAUCUUUUCACUGAGUUCAGUUUCCUUCAACCAAUGUGCUUUGUAAA